GUCAGGGAGAUACGGAGGCGAGUGGGCCACGCCCUUGCAGUGCGACGUCUUGCGGCACGUCGCUCGGCGCGUCGCGGGUUAUUCCCGCCGCCUCGAGACCUGGAUGAGAGUGGAGCCCUCGCGGAGCUCGUGGCGUCCAGGGGCCCCUUAUGCGCAGGAGCUGAAGAAUCUGGCCGAGUACGACACCAGUAAGCUCAAGAUCUGCUGGUCGGGGACGGUGGCGAAGGACGCAAAGGCGUUCUUGCCUCCGGACGCGGCUGGCCCCAUCAGGCAUUACGCGUGCUGCAUCGAGCGCGAUUCGGAGCAGAUUUUGGAGUUGCUGGCCGCUCGUGAUUUCCCGCGGCCGUACUGGGAGCUUGCGCUUGCUCGUGACCGUGAUGGUCUACUUCAGCGCAUCGAUCGGCUUCGGCAGCCGGGUCUCAUCAUUGUCAGGAAACAGCUCAAG